AACAGGUACUGUAUGUUAAUGUAAGUUACGCCCAUGCAAAGUCACAAACGAGCGUGUGUCUAAAGACCAGUGAAAAGAGGGGUAGCAAGGGAGUUUCUCUUCCAUCACUGUUCAAUAUGAGAGGUUAGUAUGAAGACUUCUGGAGAUCUUUGCCUGCCGCUCUGAAGACACGAGAAACAGAAGCUCCGGCCAGAUAAACUCCAUUAUCAAGUCGACUUUGGCGGCAAAAAAAGGAUAAUUUGUAGCAUUCGUCUUUUGUUUGAACGCAGACACAGAGGAAACCAGGAAAUAACGCGCGGCUGGCAUUUGGAAAUUGUACAAAAAAAAUGAAGAUGAUGGCUCCGUCUCUGUCGCAGGCGUACAGGAGGCGCUGGUGGAUGGCCGUCACAGCCGUGUUGGAGAAUCUGUCGUGUUCGGCCGUGCUGUUGGGCUGGGGCUCUCUGCUCAUCAUGCUCAAAGGACAGGGCUUUUACUCCCACCUGUGCACGGAAAAUGAGACUGAGAGUGUGAACGCUAGCGCACCAGAUGACUGGCCGAGUUGUGUGAAUCAGGACGAAAUGCUGAACUUGGGCUUCACCAUUGGCUCAUUUCUGCUCAGUGCCGCCACAUUGCCAUUGGGUAUAUUGAUGGACCGGUUUGGCCCCAGGCCUCUGCGCCUCGGUGGAAGUGCAUGUUUUGCGCUCUCUUGUGUGAUGAUGUCCAUAUCAUCCUAUCAUCCAGAAGUCCUCUCUGAACUCAUUUUUCUGGCUCUUUCACUCAAUGGCUUUGGAGGGAUCUGUCUGACCUUCACAUCUCUCACGCUGCCAAACAUGUUUGGAAGUCUGAGCUCCACUGUUAUGUCUCUGAUGAUCGGCUCCUACGCUUCAUCGGCCGUCACCUUCCCUGGAGUCAAGCUGAUAUAUGAUGCUGGGGUGUCGUUUACUGUUAUCAUGUGGAUGUGGGCCGGCCUGGCAGCUCUGGUCUUUCUCAACUGUUUCAUGAACUGGCCAGCAGAAGGCUUUGCUACACCAGAAGAGAUUGAGAAUAGGAAAAAGAUGCAUUCAGCUGAAAACCACAAAUUAUCUGUUGAAGAGGCGACAGGAGAAAUGGAGAAACGGCCAGCUGUAGCUCAGGAUGCACAAUCUUCGGUCCCGUUCCAGCGCUCCGUGUUCUCUCCCAUCUUUUUGUGGAGCCUGGUCACUAUGGGAAUGACUCAGCUGAGAAUCAUCUUCUUUAUGGGAGCCAUGAACAAGAUGGUCGAGUUCCUGGUCACCCACGGAGAGGAGCACCCCUCUGAAGAACUGCUGCAGGAAGCUGAGAAUAAAGUGAGCUUCUACUCGUCCGUCUUCGGCACGCUGCAGCUCUUGUGUCUGGUCACCUGUCCUCUGAUCGGAUACAUCAUGGACUGGAAGAUGAAAGAGUGUGAGGUGGAUCAGAAGACGGUGCGCCGGGGAGAAAAAGAAGCUGUUGCGGAGCCGAAGCGUGACGGAAAGAUCCAGAAGCUGACCAAUGCCAUAAUAGCCUUCAUCUUCACAAACGUGCUUCUCAUGCUGUUUGGGAUCCUCUCGCUCGUAGACAACCUUCCUCUACAGAUUCUGACGUUUAUUUUUCACACUAUGGUACGAGGUUUCAUUCACUCGUGUUGUGGAGGACUGUAUGCUGCUGUAUACCCGUCCAAUCAUUUUGGCACCCUCACCGGGCUGCAGUCUAUGAUCAGUGCAGUGGUGGCUCUGCUGCAGCAGCCGCUCUUCAUGGUUAUGGUGGGACAUCAGAAUGGAGAUGCUUACUGGAUCAACGUGGGACUUCUGAUCCUCUCAUUGGCCGGUUUCCUGUUGCCGGGAUACUUGUUCUACCACCGCAGACAUCUGCUUCAGAUGAAGGCCGCGGGAAAAGCAAACGGACACAUGCCUGUUGAGAAUCAAGCGCUAAACCAGCCGCUGACCAACGGACACAGCAACGGUCACGUCCCGCAGGAAGCCUAACAGAGCAUCACAGGACUGUCACGGGACCGUUCACAUUUCAACAUGCAAUGGCAAACUCUGCCAUCCUCAUUAAACAUGCAACGUUUAUAUUUUUUGUUGUAUGAGAGACAUUCGGCUGAUGGCUGCAGAAGCAAACAUCAGAUCAGUGUUGUCUUCUUCGAUGAUCAGCUGAUUCAGAAUAUGAGUAUUUGUAUAAAAAAUCUGGAAAUCUGCCUGCGAAAACAAUGCAGUGUUUUUAGAGAGAAUUUUUAUUGAACCAUUGGCUGGGAUUGACGGACAUGAACUUCCUCAGCCGACGGCGCUUCGUCUGUCUGUUCAGCGUCUUCACCAAAGAGAAAGAGCGAUGGUUGAUUGUUGUAUAAUAGUGUCUGUUUAUGUCUUUUGAAAACUUGAGAAACAGUCAACAUCAGCAUUUCAGCUGCCACCAAAGACACCACUUUUUAGAACCUUAGGUUCACUACAUCAAGUGUUAUCCAAAAGCUAAAACAUUUCAGGCAGAUUUAACGAGAUUUUUAUAGAGAAACAGAAAUGAUUUUUUUUUGUGUGUGUGUUUGUGUUCAGCUUUUCUGUGCAUUUUAGUUUCAUAGCCACUGAAAUGGAAAUUUAUUUUUGUAUUUCUGUGAAGAUGUGCUCUAUAAAUAGUGUGAGGUUUCUUCAUGAUAUUUACGUGCUUGCGGGAUGGGUUGAGUGGGUUUUGUAAAGGUCAGGGUGCAGCCGAGAGGAACCGAUGAAGUGCUUACAGCAGUCUCUCUUUCAGAUGUUGUGUGUGAGUCCAGUGCCUUAUGUUAUUAUUGAAUGUCACAAUUCCAAUCUCACCAUGAGAGAAAUGUGGGAAACCAAAGACUUUCUUAGACACGGAUGCAAUAAUCCAUAUGGGAGCAGUGGAGAAUGUGCGAGAGGAAGAAAGCAUCAGAGUGCAAGAACAUCAGAUUUGAAAUAGCAAAAAUAAAAUAUGCAGUCA